AUGAAUGCGCGUGAACCUCACAGACUUGAUCUGUCCAUUGUUCCUGGUAAAUGUCUUGGAUGGUUCCGACUAGGUACUUCAAUUUGGGAUGUAAUCAAUUCUUUGAGGGAUCAAUCUCGUUCGAUGCCCUCUGUAGAUUUUAAAUAUAGUGAAGAGUCGCCAUUAUCAAUAGAUUUAUUUAUUUCUUUGCCAGGAAAUGGUAUGCAUCUUCGAUUUGAUGCUCCAACGCAACGACUCAAAUCAAUAGAAGUUUAUGAUUUCUCGAAGGUGCGUCUCGCAUAUCAAGAUAGCGAAGUCAGCUCAAGUAAAGUGGUCCCGAAUUGUCUUUUGAUCUAUGAAAUUUUUGGACCUACUUAUCCAGGAGAAUUCGACCCUGAAAAAAAAGAAUAUACUCUAAAUUAUCCGAUUGCGGAAUUUCAGAAAUAUUCACUUCAACAAAAUUUUCAACACUUGUUUGGCUCAAAGGGUGUUUCUUUUGUAUUUCCAAUUCCGGAAGAAUAUCUUUCGAUUAUAAAAACAUCAGCGGACCUUCCUUUGGAGCUCCCGGAUGGAACAUCUCCAUUAUUGUCGCAUUUGUAUAUAUACCAUGGAACCAGCUUUCGAUCUACUAUUCCCCCUCCUUUGAUAAGAAGCAGUAAUGCAGACGGAAUUGCAGCCAGCACAGAAGAGGUUGGGGAAGUCGAAACUGUUAUUGCAAAGUUGAAACAUGGAAUUGACGUGAAAUUCGUCUCUGCUUUGACCAAAAUUGUUUUAAAUGUCACAACGCCGCAAGAUCUCUUAGUAGAAAUUGGUGCUCCGUUACGAGUUUUCUACAAAGAGGAAGAUAAAAUGCGAAUACAUUCCGAGGAAAAUGUGGCCAAGGCGUUUGAUGAUGUCGAAAACGCUGGGCCAAAUGCUGCAACGAACGGAAUUGAUGAUCGUUCAAGUGCUGACGGGCAUCCUAUAGAUUACUUUUAUAAUUAUUUUCAUUUGGGAUUUGAUGUGCUUUUUGAUGGGGCUACACAUCGUUGUAAAAAAAUCGUGUUGCAUGGGAAUGUGCCAGGACAUUAUGAUUUUCAAAGAUAUAAAAGAUGUCCCUAUAAACUAACUGUGCCUCAAACAAAUCAUGAUACAAAUCAAGCUGCCCGAUUCGAUGUCCAAGAUGAAGACGACGAAGAAGAGGGGAUCUUGGAAUCCUUGAUCUCUGGAACAAGUCAAGAAAAAUAUAUAACCGGAGAUCAGAAGAUUGACUCGAUCUAUGAAUUGUGGGGGCAACCCAGUGGUAGACCACUAAUUUUUAAUCGCGGGUCAAGUGGACAAAAUCCUUUUGGUCCCACGGAAUUAAUCGGAUAUGACGGUGCGAUAUUUGAGAUAAUGAAAAACAGGCAUAUCGCUACUAUAACCUUAUUUUAA